AUGGUCUUAAAUUCUAAUUAUGACAAUUAUAAAAAUAAAAUUACUAAUUCCAUGAAGCCACUUAUAAAUUCAGUAAAUCCGGCCUUUUCUAAUCAAGAAAAUCCAAAUUCAGUAAUUUUAACUACGUUUAAUGAUUUUACAAAUUGGGCUAGACUUUCUAGUUUAUGGCCACUUCUUUAUGGUACCAGUUGUUGCUUUAUUGAAUUUGCUUCAUUAAUUGGUUCCCGAUUUGAUUUUGAUCGUUACGGUUUAGUUCCAAGAUCUAGCCCAAGACAAGCAGACCUUAUAAUAACAGCUGGUACUGUAACAAUGAAAAUGGCACCUUCUUUAGUAAGACUAUAUGAACAAAUGCCUGAACCUAAAUAUGUAAUUGCUAUGGGUGCCUGUACUAUUACAGGAGGUAUGUUUAGUACCGAUUCUUAUAGUACAGUUCGUGGAGUAGAUAAAUUAAUUCCUGUAGAUAUUUAUUUACCGGGUUGUCCGCCGAAACCAGAAGCUAUUAUAGACGCUAUAAUAAAACUUCGUAAAAAAAUAGCUCAAGAAACUUAUAAAGAUAAAUCAAAAUUUCAGCAAGGAAAUAGAUAUUUAACAUUAAAUCAUAAAUUUCAUUUUGUAUCUAACAUUAAUACUGGCCAAUAUAAUAAACAAUUAGAUACUAAAAUUUCUAAUUCUCAGUUUAAUUCAACUUUAGAUACUUUUAUUCCUAUUAAAAAAAAUGAAAAUUUAACUUUUUUAUUAAAAAAUGAGGAUAAUAAAGAAAAUAUUGAAAAUAAAUCAAAAGAUUGA